GGUGCUACAAAUACAGCACAUGGUAGCGUUUGGUAGCUGCUUGUAGAGACGGACGCCACCGGGCCCCAAACUCAGAGCUUGCUUGAAUUCUCGUUUCUACAAGUUAAAGUUGUGUAACUUUUACUUUGGUAGCCGUCAACUGUAAAAUACCACCAACUUUGAAGCCGUCCGUCUUUGUGUAAAGCUGUGCGCCAGCGUUAUCAAGCGAGUUUGAGGACUUUUAAAACCACUUGUCCCACUUCGCCUGCAGCAGCUACGCUAAAGCUAGCAUGUCGACUGGCAAAAAUGAAGUUAAAAGCUGCCCCAUCCCCACCAGGGUGCUCACCCUGAAGGACUGGUCCCAGCUACCCGACUGUUACAGCCAGACACCCGGGGGGACCCUCUUCUCCACCACGCCUGGAGGUACUCGUAUCAUCUAUGACAGGAAGUUUCUGUUAGAUUGUCGAAACUCCCCUCUCGCCCGGACUCCCCCAUGCUGUCUUCCCCAGAUCCCAGGGGUCACAGUACCUGCUGCACACCCCAUGGGGAAACUGCAGGAUCUCAAAGAGGAGGCAGAGGAGGAAGAGAAGGACAUUGCAGAUGACAACCAGUUUGAGAUGGACAUCUGAACUCCAGUAUUACCUCCUGUGGAGAGUUAUUAGUUAAAACACCUCCAAGGUCAUUAAUGACUGUAAUGCAUUACAUAUAAAGCUUUUUUUUCACCUUUUUUAAAAUAAAAGCUUUUGUGAGGAACCAAAAAUAAUGGAAAAGUUAAACUUUAGGGUGUUUUUGACCCUAAAAACGCGUGUUAAGCAAAGAAAUGGUAUUUAAUGGGCUGAUUGGUUGCUCACUCACUUCAGAGCUGCAGCAGGAUUGAAAAAAUCCAUUUUGAUUUCACUUUUUUUAAUCUUUUGUAAAUAACAUUGUACAAUGUAGCCUAUUUUUUAUUUGGGGAAUAUAAGAUGAUUACAUUAAGACAUGUAGAGUUUUUCACUGCAGGCAUCAGUUGUUUUGUUGUAUUUGCCCCCCAAAAUGGACGGCUAACUUUCUUUGUGAUGGGUGUCUCCUAAUGCUGGGGGUCACAGCCUACUGAAAAUCAGCUCCUUCUGUUUUUUUAUGGAGGAAGAGCUGAAAUGUGAAUGAUUUCAAAUAAAGGCUAUUCAAACUGUCAGAAAA